GCUAGUCAUGUCAAAGAAGGAGGAAGUGCAGGGCUUAUUCCCAGCCAGUUCCUGGAAGAGAAGAGAAAGGCCUUUGUUAGGAGGGACUGGGACAACUCAGGGCCUUUCUGCGGAACAAUAAGCAGCAAAAAAAAGAAAAAGAUGAUGUAUCUCACUACAAGAAAUGCAGAAUUUGAUCGUCAUGAAAUCCAGAUCUAUGAGGAAGUAGCCAAAAUGCCCCCUUUUCAGAGGAAAACACUGGUCUUAAUUGGGGCCCAAGGAGUGGGGCGAAGGAGUUUGAAGAACAGGUUUAUAGUACUGAAUCCUGCUAGGUUUGGAACUACAGUGCCAUUUACUUCACGAAAGCCAAGGGAUGAUGAAAAGGAUGGGCAAGCGUACAGAUUUGUGUCACGAGGUGAAAUGGAGAUGGAUAUUAAAGCUGGCAGAUAUUUAGAACAUGGAGAAUAUGAAGGAAAUCUUUAUGGCACCAAAAUUGAUUCCAUACUUGAAGUUGUUCAGACAGGAAGGACCUGCAUCUUGGAUGUGAAUCCACAGGCCCUGAAAAUACUGAGGACUUCAGAAUUCAUGCCCUAUGUAGUGUUUAUUGCUGCUCCGGAGUUGGAGACCUUACGUGCUAUGCACAAGGCUGUGGUAGAUGCUGGAAUUACAACCAAACUUCUCACUGACACUGAUUUGAAGAAGACAGUGGAUGAAAGCGCCCGGAUCCAGAGAGCGUACAACCACUAUUUUGACCUGACCAUUGUAAACGACAACCUGGACAAAGCCUUCGAGAAGCUGCAGAUGGCUAUCGAGAGACUGAGGCUGGAGCCGCAGUGGGUCCCCAUCAGCUGGGUGUACUGAAGUAACAAAAUCAACCGCAGCAAAUGCGGCGGCGUGUAGAUAGCGGUGAUAACCUACGGCACCUGUGCAUUUUUACUCUGUGUAUAUUCAAGAGUACACUAUUACGAAUUUUUAUAAAAAUGUUGAAGGGAAAGUGUACUUAAAUAUGUAAUUUAUUUUAAUUUUUCUAACUUUUUACAGAUAACCUUUCUAUUCAUAUCACAUGAAGGAAAUGCGUUUAAGCAUUUUUGUAUGUUUUGAUUUAGUACCUUUGCCUUUUUCAUCUAAGAAACUUUCAGUCAUUCACGUCAACAUUUACAUCUUGGUCUUACAUUUUUCACUGUGAUUAAAAAAAAGGAUACU